GGGGAGGUGACAGCACAUGGGGGAGCUCCCCAAUUUCUUCCUGAAGAUCCCGGACUACGCCCUGUACGCCCCCGACGUGGAGUUCCAGUGCCAGCACCUGCACCUGCACACGCGGGGCCGUGCCAUGUACGCCGUGGCCGUGGCGCUGUGCCGGGCCCUGGCCUGGGGUUACUUUGCCAGCCUGAGGCUGGAGGUGCUGGCGCUGACGCGGCACCCCGAGGACUGGAGCGUGCGGGCGCGGUGGCGCCUGACGGGGCUGCCCCUGCACCUGCUGCUGCUGCGCUGGUACCGGCGGGACAAACGCACCCUGCUCAGGUCCUACGACGCCCUCUCCACCUUCUUCCUCAACUCGCAGGGGCUCAUCCGCUGCCACCGCGUGGACAAGCUGAUGCCAGCCCCCACGGCGGUCCCCGAGCCCAAGAAGCUGCUGGUGGCCGCGGCGCUGGCGGUGGCGCUGGCCCGGCCCUGAAGCCACCGAGGAGGGGACACCUGAGCGCCCCUCCCCCCUCGGGCUGUCCCCUUUGUCACCUGUCCCCUCCCCCCUUAAAUUAAUGUACAGAAUAAAGGAGCCGGCGGUGACACGGGGACAGCGGCGUCCCCCGCGCGGGGCUCUGCCCCGGGGCUGUA